AUGUCUGACUUGCACGGAUUCAACUUACAUUCUCUUCUGAGGGAUUGUUCAAUUGACGGUAGACGUGGUAGAAAGGAGGGAAAGAGGAGGUUGAAGGGUUGGAGAGUUGAAGAAUCGAAGAAUGGAGAAAGUGAGGAGAGCAAUUCAGGAAUUGAGCAGAGGGAGACAGGAAUUGAGGAGAGGAAGACACGAAUUGAAGAGUUGAGGAGAGGAAGAGAAAGGGAGGAAGAGAAAGGGAGGAAGAGAAAGGGAGGAAGAGAAAGGGAGGAAGAGAAAGGGAGGAAGAGUUGUAGAUUGAGGAGUUGA